CUUUGUGAGCUAGCUACCAUAUACCAGCCAGGCCCAGACAAGUUGAAGUUGUUUGAGAUCUGUCGAUCUUGAGAAUCCAAAUCGGGUAGUGAGUCAUGGUGGAGGAGGAAGAGGGUGGAAUUGAAAAUGAAACUAAAAGGAGGUGUUGUGAGGGUCCAAGUCCAAUUCAAUGGUUCAGAAUGCUGUGCAGGGAAAUGCAUUGGAGCUUUGCAUUAGGGGUUGUUGUUGUUUAUGGAAUAAGCCAAGGAUUCGGUGGAGCUCUGUAUCGGGUGGGCACAGAAUAUUACAUGAAGGAUGUUCUAAAGGUGCAGCCUUCUCAAGCUCAGUUUUAUCAAGGAAUUACUUCUAUUCCAUGGCUUGUCAAGCCUCUCUGGGGUCUCCUCACCGAUGUUCUCCCUCUUUUUGGCUAUCGAAGACGCCCUUAUUUCAUUCUAGCAGGUUCCAUUGGCGUGAUCGCUAUGCUUGUUUUAUCAUUCCAUGAAAAGCUGCAUAUUGCACUUGCCAUCUUGGCAUUGACAGUUGAAAGUGCUGGAGUAGCUGUAGCUGAUGUCACCAUAGAUGCUUGUGUCGCACAGAACAGUAUUACCCAUCAUUCACUUGCAGCCGAUUUGCAAAGCCUGUGUGCCUUGAGCUCAUCCAUUGGAGCACUGUUGGGAUUCUCUAUUAGUGGUAUAUUUGUGCAUCUUAUAGGCCCAAAGGGGGUGUAUGGCUUGUUGGCAAUCCCAUCUGGACUUGUAUUUUUAAUUGGAACUCUGAUUAGGGAACCUCAUUCUCCCAAUUUCGCGUACACGCAGGUCAAUCAGAAGUUUAUUGAUGCUGGUAAGUCUAUGUGGACCACAUUGAAAUGCCCUGAUGUAUGGAGACCAUGCUUAUACAUGUACUCAUCACUUGCAUUAAGCUUGAACAUCCUUGAUGGAAUGUUCUACUGGUAUACAGACUCAAAGGGAGGUCCAUCAUUCUCUCAGGAGAGCGUGGGAUAUAUAUUCUCUAUAGGUUCAGUUGGUUCCAUUUUGGGGGCAGUACUCUAUCAGUAUGUGCUAAAGGAUCAUCCUUUUCGGGACUUGCUCUUCUGGACUCAGUUGCUCUAUGGUUUAUCAGGAAUGCUAGAUUUGAUGCUGGUCUUACGGUUGAAUUUGAGAUUUGGUAUACCCGAUUAUUUCUUUGUUGUGAUUGAUGAAAGCGUAUCGCAAAUGACUUCAAGGCUCAAAUGGAUGCCUCUUCUGGUGCUCAGCUCAAAGCUGUGUCCCCCAGGAAUUGAAGGAACGUUUUUUGCAUUGUUGAUGUCAAUUGACAAUGUUGGACUUCUGUCAGCGACUUGGGGAGGAGGCGCCCUGCUGCAUGUAUUGAAGGUGACACGAACACAAUUCGAUAAUCUUUGGCUUGCUAUUCUGAUUAGGAAUGUUUUGAGAUUAACUCCACUGUGUCUGCUAUUUUUGAUACCUAGAGUUGAUCCCAAUUCUUCCAUUCUUCCGACUGAAAUCUUAAGUACAAAAGAGGAUACUGAAAUUGAAACUCCAGAAGCUGAGAACAUUGAAUUGGUUUCCCUUGUAAGCAGAGUUGAUGGUAGAUAGCCAACUAAAUACCAUUUACAUAGACACAAAUCAUCCUAUAUUUCACAAACAUAUAUAGAAGGGCAGUCCAAAGGGUUGUUCUAGGUUGAUACCGGAAAGAUUUGGAUCUAAACAAGGUGUUCUUCGGAUUAUGCUGUGAUAUUGUUGCUUGACUUGGAUUGCAUCUAUGUGCUCGUUAUUAAUCACAUUAACUUUCUGUAAUAUUAGGAAAGGUAUUCAUAGCAAUGCAAAAUGCUUAAUGAAAAUAUUUUAAUAUGAUUUUUUAUGUUCAAGCACCGAUCUAGCUAUUACCC